AGGGGGAUCCCGGGGAGUGUGGAUCCCGGGCUCAGUCCGAGCAGAUCCCGGGUUCAGUGAUGGUGAUGACGGAUUGGGAAGGGUUCCCGGGCCAGCCCCAGUCGCAGCCCCGCUGCGGGUCCGGCUCCGGGUCCCAGCCACGCUCCGGCUCCGGGUCCCAGCCCCUCAGGGUGGGCUUUUAUGAGAUCGAGAAGACGCUGGGAAAAGGGAAUUUCGCGGUGGUGAAGCUGGCGAGGCACCGAGUGACCAGGAGCCGGGUGAGUGCUGAUCCAGACAGAGGGUCCACAAACUUCCCGGACAGUUGGGUCGGGGCUGCGGAACGGGGUUUAUUUGUCUGGAUGGUCCCGGCUGCAAACUGGCUGAAAUCCGCUCUCUCCUCCUUCCAGGUUGCAAUCAAAAUAAUCGACAAGACUCGGCUGGACCCCGGCAACCUGGAAAAGAUUUACCGUGAGGUCCAAAUCAUGAAGCUGCUCAACCACCCGCACAUCAUUAAACUAUACCAGGUGAUGGAAACGAAGGACAUGUUGUAUAUAGUGACAGAGUUUGCACAGAAUGGUGAGAUGUUUGAUUACUUGUCUACAAAUGGCCCAUUGAGCGAGAGCGAGGCCCGUGCCAAAUUUUGGCAGAUCCUGAUGGCCGUGGAAUAUUGUCAUAAUCAUCACAUUGUUCACAGGGAUUUGAAGAGUGAGAAUCUGCUGCUCGAUGAUAAUAUGAACAUUAAGAUUGCAGAUUUUGGUUUUGGAAAUUUUUAUAAGCAUGGUGAGUCAUUAUCCACUUGGUGUGGAAGCCCACCCUAUGCAGCACCAGAAGUCUUUGAAGGGAAAGAAUAUGAAGGUCCCCACAUUGAUAUCUGGAGCUUGGGAGUGGUCCUGUAUGUUCUAGUUUGUGGAUCCCUGCCAUUUGAUGGGCCGACAUUACCGGUUCUGAGGCAAAGGGUGAUAGAGGGCCGCUUCCGAAUCCCAUUCUUCUUAUCUGAAGACUGUGAAAGUUUAAUUCGACGGAUGUUGAUGGUGGAUCCUAUGAAGCGGAUUACAGUCUCACAGAUUAAACAACACCGCUGGAUGUUGGCACAGGAACCACCGACUUAUUCUCUCAAAGACUACAACUCAAAUCUCGGCAAUUACAACCAGCAGGUCCUUGGCCUCAUGAACAACCUUGGCAUUGACAGACAGAAGACCAUUGAGUCAUUACAGAACAGCAGUUACAACCAUUUUUCUGCGAUCUAUUACCUUCUUCUGGAACGAGUUAAAGAGCACAGAAGUAACCAGACAGUAAACUAUCAGACUUCAUCACAAUAUCAAGUGCCCAGAACAGCCCCCAAACACAUGCAAACAGAGGUCUCUCAAGAGGCUAUUGCUGUGGAAUUGCUAAUCCCUCGUGUACAAAUUGAACCCCUCUCCACACCUAUGCUUCACUGUGACUUGGAAUGUGACAUUGCCUGUUCUUUCCAGCAGCCAGUGCUUCAACCAGUUGAUGCAUCAGUCAAUGUUAUGAUUAGGAAUCGAUCAUUAUCUCGCAGCAGCUUGCUGGAAACUGCUAUCAGUGAAGAGGUGAGACAGGAACAGGACGUGGAGGAACAUAUGAUGGGGAUAAUCCAGAAUUCUUUGCACAGCCUAAGCGGUGCAAGCCGGCGAAACACAGUGGCUGAGGUAUCUGCACACUUCAACAGCCACACUGCUCCCUGUAUUGUCAUCUCCUCACAGACCAAUAUACCAGAGGGUGUAUGUUCCGAUAGCUGCCUAAUGUCCUCAUCCGACGAUGAAUUCCACUCCACAAAUAGCACAAGCCUUACAGACAAGGCAAUGGCCCCACCUUUUGUGUACACCACCUCUGCAACUCCGAUACUGCAGGCACAGGAACGUGGAUCUGGAAUCAGUGAUACUCAGCUGCCGGUCACCUUCCAGGAAGGCCGAAGAGCCUCUGACACCUCACUAACAUCAGGUCUGAAACCUUUCCGACAGCAACUGCGUAAAAGCACCAGAGCAAAAGGGCUUAACAAAAUCGCCGGUUUUACUCGGCAUGUCUGGAGGUCUCCAUCCUGUAUUGGGCCACAGAAUCGACCGUCUCAGCAACACCUUCCUUGCAGCCUGCAGCAGGUUGCGUACGUUUUGCCUAGUUACAACACUGGGGUCUCAGCAGAAGGCAGGAAUUUACUGGAGGAAGUUUUGCACCAACAAAGAAAGCUGCAGCUGAGAUAUCUAAACAGUUCCCAGCCUAAAUGCUUUGUACAACCCAAAUCUGUCAAGACUCCUGUGUUCCAGAGUGCAGUGGAAACAGCCAAUGGUUUUAAAACUGCAUCUCAUCUAACUCCCUCUUUCCUUCUGUCUGACUUUACACAUACAGACUCUGAAACAGUCUAUGGAGCUCAGUCACAGCUGCACUGCUUAGUGGGUGUCAGCCUGUCACAGCCUCUUCCCAGCACAAGCCCUUUGGAUUUACACCCCACCUUCUCUGAGUUCCUCCAACAAACUCUGUUCUCAUCAUCAGAGCAGAACAAGGGAUUGGGAGUGGACUAUGAAAUGGAAGAUCUCACAGCAGCACAACUUGACAAAAUUGUGCUGGUGAAUUAACCUGCUCAGCCGUGUGAACUCUGUACCCUCUCAAGCAAUAAAACCUUCAGUUUGUAAUAUUCUGAUAAAUAGCAGCACUGAACAAAACUCAAUCAACGGCGUAAAUUCUCUCAGUUUGUUAUUCUAAAGUGUUUCUGUGUCUGGAAAACUUCAAAAACCAAAGGAUGUUUCCACUGCCCCAUCAAUGUUUAUAAGCUGCAAUCGAAGGCAUAAGUCACUUUAAUUAUCGAUUCACACCAAAAGUAAACUCAGGCCUGUUCAAGGAAGCACCAUAUAUCAAGAGCAUCUCUGUCCAGUCAGCAGGUGAGAAGAUUUGCUGGUCAGAAUUACCUCAAACAUAGACCAGGCUAUUGCUGGUGUAUGGAGCCACUCAUUCAGAUCAGCUGGGAGUGAGCAGUAUGCUCACACUCCCAUGAGUAUCACAAUUCCCACCAUGAAUCUGUGUUUUCAUGAAGUGAAGUUUCUGAAUUUCUGGACAAAUUAACCAUCACCUUCUGCUGGAACCCUGGGAUUUCGCAGCUAAACACUGUUAGCAAUUGGGAAAUCCAGUCAGCUCCAGAAGAGGGAAUCAUUGUGUCCCUGGAUUUGCUUGGUGGCUGUGCACUGGGUUUGAAAUUCCAACGAUGCACUGGAUUUAUCAGGAAAUAUAUUGGGAUUCUGCUGCUUGUACAUGAAAGUUUUUUUUAUUAUCUGGGUCCAAUUAGGAAUGAAUCCACUUUAGGGAUUGUGCAAUAAUCUGUUCUAAUUUGUAUCUGCUGUAAGGAGAAAUGAACAACUUAUUUAAAUGUUAGUAAAGCCUUGCAAUAUGAUCAAAA